UCCGCUCUUUUCCUCUUUUGCGUCUAACCUUAGGUUUUCUCUUCCUCUAUAUCUAAUCCCUCUCUCUAAAAUUCUUUGAAUCUUUCUCAAUUUAAUUUUACCUAUUCUCGAUUCCUUAUCCUUCAAUUUCUCGAUCCUCCUCCUCCUCUUGCGAUCUCCGACGGUCUCGCACAUAGAGCGAGAGUGUCGAAAUUGGAAACAGAGCUUUUUGAGUAUUGCGAUCUGUUAUUUCUGACGUUAAUGGAGGGAAAUUCUAAUUGGAAGCCUAACGAACAAGACGGAGACUCACUUGCUAAUGAUUGGAGAUCACAGCAUGAGCCUGAUCUACGGAAAAAGAUUCGUAACGCUAUGGUGGUAAGGUUGAAGAAAUGUUUUUCUAACUAUGAUGAAAAUCAGAUUAACAACGCUGCUUUUAACUUAGAGGACAAGUACUAUGGCAUGGCAACGAGUAAGGAUGACUACUUUCGCAAAAUCGCACAAAAGGUUAACCUCAUAGAGCAAAAAUUUAGACAUGUACAAUCUAAUAAUGUCCAAUCUCGUUCUUCAGUCAAUGGAACCGAUACUUCACAUCCAGCAGCUCAAUUUCAGAAUCAAGGCCAAUCACUUCCCACAUCGUUGCCAUAUACGCAUACCUCAACAAGCCAACAAUGGUUACCUCAAAACAUGCAGAGCAAUCUCAACAACAUUCAUGUCUCUUCUGGUUUGCCAGCUCAGGUCCCUACAACCGUUUCUGCGGCUCAGAACCUAAACAUUCAAAUGAGUGAAGGAGCUCAUUCAAACCUUCUUCCCGGUUCUCAAAGACCGGUUCAGGGAAGGCAACAACUUCUUCCUCACCAGCCACAGAGUUCCAGCUACAUGCUCCAGCAUCAAGUGGAUCAGCAGCUUCUGAAAGAGAAGAUUCGUCAUGGGAAUUUGCGACCUCCAUACAUGCAGCAACAACAAAGUCUGUUAAAACAGCCUAUUCAGCAGAAACCGCCUCAUCAGACACCAUUGUCCACUAUUCAUCAGUCCUUUCCUCAAUCUUCUGCUCUUUCUAGUGUACCAUCAUCAGGCCCACAAAACUCUCAGUUCUUGCCAAGACAUCAGUUUCAGACACAGCGGGUCCGUCCUAGUCAUCAACAGCAGAUGGCUGUGCCGUCACAGGAACAGAAACAACAAGAACAAGAGCAACUCAUUGGUCAGCUGAUGAAUGGUCCACACACGCAGCAGAAUCAUCUACCAUCACGGCAAAACAACGGAGAGCAACAAGGAGCUUUCAGGGUAUCGUCUUCCCAGAUUGCUAGCUUUCAAGCAAUGGCACAAGACAAUAAUAAUAACCUCCAGAAUAUGCACCAGGAAGAACGCCUUUCUUCUCACGGUAAUAAUGCUUCAGCCUUGCCCUCACAACAACAGCAAAAUAUGCCUGGCGGUCAAUCUGGUAACUUUAACGUGCCCGGAUCAAGUUUGUUGUGUACUCAAGGCCAAGAGGUAGGGCAAUCUCAACCAAUGAUGUUACAACAAUACCAACUGCAACAUCCCAUGCAGCAGCAGCAGCAGCCGCAGAAUAGAAUCUUACAGCAACAUUUGGAUGAUACACAAAGAUUCCAAGCAACAGGUUCCUUGCGCCAAACCCAAAACGUAGCAGACCAACAGAAUCAGCCAUAUCAAGUACAGAGAGCUCCUCCGGCAAAUCCAUCUACAUCUCAAGAUUCUACAGGCAAGACGGCAAAUGGCAGUUGUGGGGACUGGCAGGAAGAGACCUAUCAGAAGAUAAGAGCCCUUAGGGAGAAGCAUCUACCUGUUCUAAUUACAAUGCUCCAAAAAGUUACCGAUAAAUUGCGGCAGAUUGAUUCGCUUCCUCAACAAAAUAAGCAUCAUGAGUCGAUAGAAAAGCUAAGGGUGGGUAGAGCGUCGUUGGAACAAGUUAUUGUGUUCUUGAAUCUUCAUAGGAGCGGUAUAUCAGAGAAGCACAGAGAUAUGUUUAGUCUGUAUGAGAAAGCUGUGUUGAGGUUUACCAGGAAUCAAACAGCGGCUUGGAGGCCAAUGCAGCAGCAACAAGGUCAAUUCCCUCCUUCUCAGAUCCAUCAAACACCAUCACAAUCCCAAAGUGGUCAAGUCCAUGUGCCGCAGUCACUUGACAGCGAUCAAAUGAAUUUACGGUUGAUGUCAACUAACCAAAACGUUGCCUGCUCUUCAGUAUCUGCCCUUACGGCAUCACAGACAGCAAUGCCUAGUUCGUUGCAAACAAGGCCUAAGAUGGAAGCAAAAGAUGAGAACAACAUUAAACAGCACUCAAAUAUCAGUCCGGUUCAGUCUAGUAUGUUUCAGCAGAAGCAAUUUCAUCCUCUCCCGAUGCAACAACAGCUGUUGCAGAGAGAGCAGCAACAACAACCACCACCAACGAACAAGCAGCUUCAAAUGGCGAAAAAUGAGAUGAGUGACGUGAGGAUGAAGCAAGGGGUCAACAUUAAAGCUGGCUUGCUUCAGCAGCAUCUCUCAUCGAGCCAGCGCCAGCUUCCAAAGCCACUGGCUUCUCCGGCCGCUCGGAUGUCUAACUUUUCUCCAUCAGCUUCUUCUCCUCAGAUACAGAACUACUCUUCUCCUCAGUUGGUGGACCAGCAGAUUCUUCCUACAACAACACAGUCUGGUGGCUCGCCUUUUGUUGCACCAUCCCCUGUGACUUCCUUUGCUCCGUCUCCAGUUCCCGGGGGUCCUGAAAAGCCCAUAUCCGUUGAGUCUCCUGUUUCUCCUCCUAACCAAUCCCAAACAGCAGCACAGGAGCAUUCUCUGUUUACUCUUCCUUCCGAGCCAACUGCAGAGCGGCCUAUUGACCGUCUGAUCAAAGCGUUUCAAUCAUCAUCACCUCAGUCCUUGGCGGAAUCUGUGAGUGAUAUCAGCUCGGUCAUCAGCUUGGCUGACAUGAUUGCGGGUUCGUUCCACUCCAAUGGAGGAGCUAGAGCUGGUUUAGCCGAGGACUUGAGUGCGAGGACAAAGUUCCGUUUGCAGCAAGGAGAAACUAACCCGACCAAGAGGUUCAAGCGCUCGAUCAGCAUUCAGCCUCUAGAUAUCGCAUCACAAGCUGAUAGUUAUAAACAGUUCAGUAGCCUGGAAUCUGAAGUUGAUUCCACCGCAUCAUCUGGCUCGAAAGCUAACAUGAUUGAGCCUGGUUGUGCUCUUCUGCAAGAAAUCAAUGAAAUAAAUGGGAGACUUGUAGAGACGGUGGUAAGCAUAUGCAACGAAGAUGUAAAUUAUCCAAAUGAAGUUACUUCAGGAACUGUUGUCACUUGUUCUUAUGCCCCUGUGGCUCUUUGUGACACAUUCGAAGCUCAUUACAAUUCAGGACAUAUCCAGUCACAGAUUCAGCCGUUACGCUUGCUAGUUCCUGAGAAUUAUCCAUAUUCCCCAAUCCUUAUCGAGAAAUCGCCCUUUGACGCCAGUGUACACAAGUAUGAGGAUCUAUCUGCGAGAGCCAGAUCGAGGCUGAGUUUGUGCAUGAAGGAACUUUCGGAACCGAUGUCUCUUAAAGAAAUAGCUCAAGCUUGGGAUGUUUGUGCGAGAGCGACAAUGGCUGAGUACGCAGAGCGGCACGGUGGAGGCACUUUCAGCUCCAAGUACGGUCCUUGGGAGACUGUUCUCAGACCUUGAUGAGUCUCACCGCUCCUGAUAAGGCCAGGAGACUUUGCACAGAGGUGAAACUUAUCAGAUCGAAAGCGUAUAGCCCAAGUUAGGUUUAUCUGCAUUCCCUUGCGAUAGAAGAAAAAUAUGUAUUUUUUUUGUAUUGCUCAUUUCGUCUUCUUGUAUACAUAUUUUUGCAGACAUUAUUAUACAUUUGUUU